AUGUCAGCGUCGGUGAUCCAGCAUGCAUGUCCCAGCGACAAGAAGGCUAUGGUCCUCUUUCGUGGCGGCAUGGAGAUCAGGGAGACUCGAUGGAGCAUCCAUCCCAUCUUCACGUUUUGCAAACACCAGCCUGGCCAAGGCCACCGACGGCUGGAGCUGGACAACGAAAGCGCGCGUGGAGGCUCACGGCUUGCACGCCCUCUGCGGGUUGGCAGCGGGGACGGCUCGAAAAAGACGCGGCGGCUCGGGGCGGGUCCCGAGGCGGAAGGAGACGAGCCGAGAGUCGGCGUGUGCGAGGGGGGUGGUGGUGGUGGUGGUGGUGGAUGGUUGGGGGGCGCGCCGAGCCGCCUGUGGUCUCUCGUCUGCCGGAAUACACCCCACGGCCGGGAGGGCCGCAAAGGCUGUGUCCCCUCCCCGGGGGUCAGCGCGGCGGCGGGGAGCGAGGCUCGGGGACGGCGGGGGAAGGGGGGGGAGGGAGGGGGCGCUGUCGGCGCAUGCGCGCGCGGGGCCCGGCGGGAGGGGGGAGGUGGGCGUGGCGUGGGCGUGGCUUCCGUCUGCGCAGCUGCCAGCGCCUUUAAGCCCGGGCUCGCGCACUCCGACCGAGCUUUCGCCGCCGGGGAGCCGACCGGUGUCGUCUCCUCUGCGCUUUCUCCACUGCCCGCUUACCCCCCCCCCACCUCUUCUUUAAUAACCCGCGUCGCCUCUGGCUUUUCGGUGUCCCGGGACCCGGCUCGCUUGGGAGCCGCGCGCUCUGCGUUCGGGCCAAUGCCCCGCUACGAGUUGGCUUUGCUUCUGAAAGCCAUGCAGCGGCCAGAGACUGUUGCUGCUUUGAAGCGUACAGUGGAGGCCCUGCUGGACCGAGGAGCCAUAGUGAGGAACUUGGAGAGCCUGGGUGAGCGCACCCUCCCCUAUAAGAUCUCAGCCCACAGCCAGAAGCACAGGAGAGCAGGGUAUUUCUUGGUGGACUUUUACGCCCCAACAACCAUGGUGGACAGCAUACUGGAUCACUUGUCUCGUGACACUGAUGUGGUUAGACCGACUGUUGUAAAACACCCUCUGACUCAGGAAGUAAAAGAAUGUGAUGGCAUUGUCCCAGUCCCAUUACAAGAAAAGUUAUAUUCUACGAAAAGGAGUAAGAAGUAAGAAGAUUUUGGCUUUACAUGAAAUUCUAAGUGUGGUCUUAUGUGACGUACUGCAAGAGGUGGGAACACUGGUCAGAGAACUGCCCUGAGGUCGGUGGCUCCAGCAGGCUACUCUUGAUGGCCCCUGUCACCAGUAUACAGACCAGUACACAGACUUUCGCCAUGUAAUGGCAGCACCAUUUUGAAAAGCAAAACACAAAAUUCCCUUGGAUUGCAAGCCUGUCAUUCAGGCCACACUGCCAUGUAAAGAGAUCAGGGUAAUAAACGUGAUUUUUACCAA